AUGAGUGCGAAUCCACAGAAAGCGACAGUUUCAAAAGAUGAGACACCAGCCGCUACUAGUGAUCCUGCACCAGCGUGUGACGCUACCACGGAAGGUGCUGCGCUCAACGGGGAUCAAUCCAAUCGACCAGCCCUUCGACAAGACAGCACUUCCAAAAUAUCAUCAAAGAAAGUAAAGAUUUUGGAUCCAAAGCCAGCAAACGAAAUUGAGUCGGAUGAAGAGGACUCACUGUCCCAGCCGGGGGCGUUUGACCGAGCGGCCUCGGUUGUACCUCCCUCCACCUCUGGGCCAUCUUCAGACCCUCAGACAGCAGCUGCUACUGUCAUUGAUCGCAAAAAAACACGCGAAGAGAGAAAGAAAGAGCGUGAAAAGAAGAAGGAGGAGGAGAUGUUGAAGAAAUAUCAGGCGGAACAGGAGGCAAAACAGAAAGUUUCAGCGAAAUCGAAAUGUGGACGUUGGAUCAAACAUAAUCUGAAGAUUGGCGAGGGUGGUUAUAAAUUUGUUUACCGUGGCUACGAUACAAUGGAAGCAAAAAACGUUGCCUGGUGUGAAUUCAAGCGUGAACAUGUGGAUACCAAGGAGAAGCGACAAGCCAUGUUCAAAGAAACGGAAAUAAUGUUGAAGAUGAACCACCCGCAUAUCGUUCGUUGUUUUGACGUCUUUCGUGAAUGGAUCGAUAUGGAAGAUCCAAACAAUCAGAUCGAAGAAAAAGGAGUCGUUAUUAUCCAGGAGCUAAUGGGCGAGGGAACCCUAAAAAGUGUCAUUCGAAAGAAUUUUCUCGAGGGUCAGUGCAUCCUAAAGUUUCCCCUCAUUACCCGUUGGUGGCAUCAAAUCUUGGAUGCGUUACGUUACAUGCAUCACAAAAUUCAGCCGCCGAUUUUGCAUCGUGAUUUAAAGGCAGACAACUGUUUUCUCUACGGGGCUUCGGAUGAAGAGUACUUGAAUGUCAAAGUUGGAGAUUUUGGUUUAGCUACUCAUGUGAACAACAGCGGUCGUAAAACGAUGUUGGCGCCUCAACGUUGCGACAGUUGUUUACCCUUGGAUGCCGUGAAGCAAAUACCUCACUUGACUCGAAUGUGUGCCAAACAAAUUAUGGCAUAUUAUCUUUAUAACAAAGGAUUUACUGCAGGGCACAAUACUGCCAGAUUGUUCUAG